UAUUGUGUCGCACAAAUAUCUUCGCAUAUUGUGAAAGUCUACUGCACUGAUACCAAGUUUUUCAGCGGUAAACUUUAGAAAAACUUUUUUCAAUUUUUAUUUUCCUAAUUUGUAUUUUCCAAAAAUGUUUUCGUUAAAUAAUUAUUCAGGAUUGGUAUUUUGUUUGCUAUAUUUUGUUCUAAUAUGUUUGUUGCGCGCUGAACCUCUCGCCAAGGUGUCUCAAGGAUUAGUUCAAGGGACUAUACUUAAAUCAAGAAAUGGACGAAAUAUUUCAGGAUUCAUUGGAAUCCCUUAUGGUCAACCUCCGAUUAGAAAAUUAAGGUUUAGUAGUCCUUUGCCAGCCAAAAAGUGGGACGGUAUACAUUUAGCUAAUAAAGAUGGAAUUAUGUGUCCACAACCCAUCGAAGGAACAGUCAUCGGAAAUGAAGAUUGUUUGGUUUUAAAUGUUUUUACAACGAGGAUGAAAUUUAAUAUUUCGACGACAGAGAGUGCCAAUCUCGAUUAUUAUGGACCUCUUUAUCUCAUGGACCAAGAUAUUGUACUUGUAACAAUAAAUUACCGAUUAGGACUUCUCGGAUUCCUCUCAACUGGCGAUUCAGUUGCACCAGGAAACUUUGGAUUGAAGGAUCAAGUUCUUGCACUCAAAUGGGUUCAAAAAAAUAUCCAAGUCUUUGGUGGAGACAAAAAUCGAGUUACUUUAUUCGGUGAAAGUGCUGGUGGGGCUUCUGUCACUUAUCACGCACUUUCAAAUUCAUCUAGAGGACUCUUUCAUCAGUAUAUUAUUCAUAGCGGAAACGCGUUGGUUCCUUGGGGAUAUCGUGACCGAAGCCUCUUCAAAAAAGACGUAAAUUACAUUGCCAGACACAUUAGAUGCCCGACAAACAAAUCUCAAGAUCUAAUUGAUUGCUUCCGAAAAACGGAUUUUCAUAAAUUAGUAAAUUUAACUACAUACAAUGUUUUGGAUUUUCCUGAAAUAUUAUGGAUACCCACAAAUGAAGUGGAAUCGGAAGAUUCGUUUUUAACUGAUAGUCCACAGAAUUUAAUAAACAAAAAUAAAAUCAGGGAUUAUCCUUUUAUAAGUGGUACUGUGUUCGAUGAAGGACUGUAUGUUACGUGCCCCUUUUACGCGAACUCUACUUCUCAGACAAAACUAAAUGUACUUGGCAGAUGUGUAAAUGGUACAUCCAAUCGUUUUUUCAAACCUGAAGAUUUAUCAAAUUUUAAUAAAGCCAUACAAAGUUACUAUUUCAACGGAUCAGUCUCAUCUAUGAAUGAAGUAAAGCUUUUGAAAAUGUUUACUAAAUUUGCUGGUGACAGUCAAUUCAUCUUUCCAAACUGGAUCUUACUGGAAAAAAUGGCCAAAAUAGCCAAAAGUCCAAUCUACUCUUACUUAUUUGAUUAUCAUGGACAAACAAGUUACGCUGAAAUAGAUUAUGAUAUAAAAAACAAUAUUGGCGUGAAUCACGCAGAUGAACUCUUAUAUAUUUUUUCUGGUGUCUAUUCACCACUAGCAUCCCGCAACGAUAAUUAUAUCAUAGAUUUAAUGGUAGAUUUGUGGACUUCAUUUGCAAUAAAUGGAAAACCAAGUUCUGAGCAUUUGGCUAUAAUUGAUCUCUGGGAGCCUUAUCAGCGAAGCAAAAGUUUUCUGCAGAUUGGAAAUAUUUCAAAUAAUACUGAUCCGUCCGUCACUCUUCGACAAGAUUAUUUUACUGAUCGAAUGAACUUCUGGAAAGAAAAUUUUCCUCUCCUUAAGUUGUAAUAAAUUAUAGAUCUUUUGUAUGACGAAAAUUAUCCAUGUUCUUUUUUAAAUGUAAAUAUGCGUACGUGAAGGUGCAUAUUUU